AUGGCGUCAGACCUGGUAGCUAGCGAGCUAGUUCCCCUUGGCUCUGACUCGGCGCCAGACACCCAAACCAAGGAUGAGGCGACUGGCUCGACCCAGCGCAAGACGCAAGAUAUCCUAGAAGCGUGCAAGUGGAGGAAUCUCGAGGCCAUCAAGGCGCUCGCCGGCACCACAGGCGGUUUCCUCACCGACACUUUGCGCAGGAAAGCCUGGCCAAUACUCCUCGGUCUUACAGAUGGCGAAUGCGGCGAAGACAUCAUCACAACAGGACGAGAGGAGAGGGAUUCUUGGAAAGACCUGCCGCGUCAUAGAGAUGAAGAACAGGUUGCUCUUGAUGUCAACCGGGCUUUCAUCUACUACCCAAACCACCAGGACGAUACCGAGCUCGAAAAGAACAAGAGCGAUCUAUCUGACCUGAUCGUCGAGGUCCUCCGCCGCUACCCGUAUCUAUGCUAUUUUCAGGGUUAUCAUGACAUCUGUCAAGUCUUCAUGCUUGUUCUUGAGCCGCCAUGGCGCGCUCGGCUUGUCUCUCGCCUCUCGGUGCUCCGCAUACGAGACUUCAUGCUUACGAACCUCGAGCCGACUGUUGCCCAGCUGCGCCUAAUCCCCGACAUCCUCCACGCGGCGGACCCGAAGCUUAAGCGCCACCUCGCAGGCACGGAGCCCUUCUACGCCCUCGCGGGGACGCUGACCAUGUACGCCCACGACAUCCAGGCGUACGGCGACAUCGCCCGCCUCUUCGAUAUCCUUCUCGUCCGCGAGCCUGUCUUCAGCGUCUACAUGUUCGCCCAGAUUGUCCUGAACCGCCGUGAUGAGCUCUUUGACAAUGACGAGGACGACCCUUCCAUGCUGCAUCUCAUCCUCUCCAAAGUCCCGCAGAAGAUGGAUCUCGAGUCGCUCAUCGCCGGUGCCACCGAACUGUACGAGCGAUACCCGCCCGAGUCGCUGUCCGCAUGGCGCAAGAUAUCCAAGGCGAGCUCGCUCAAGACGGCGCGCUCCAUCGAAUCGUGCGCUAAGCAGACGAUGGACCAAGGCCAUGCGUAUUUUCAGAAACAGCUGGCCGAGCUCAAGGCUCUAGAACGCCGUCGGAAACUCAUGAGGGUACUCUGGGCGUACAGAAAGGGUGCUGCCGCGGCGGGACUGGCCGUUGUCGUGGGCCUUGUCGCCGUCUAUCUGGGCCGCCGGAACCCUAGCCCUGUUUUUGCGCUGGCAAACUUGUACAACAAAUGGACAAACGGGACGAGCUGGACGCAUAACUUCUAG